AUGGCAAUAAUGUUUGGCAAAUUUUCGGAAGAUAUGGUGGUGCAAAUGAUGUCAAGAUUGCCUCACAAGUCUUUGAUGCGAUUUAGAUGCUUGAAUAAGUCAUGGAACAAUCUAAUUGUUGAUGCGAAAAACAGCCCUAGCUUGGUGGCUAAGCAUCUUUCCAAUUCCAAGCUCAAUGCCUCAUCCACCACUUGCAUUAUUUUCAAGCGUCUCCUCCAAUAUGACAGAACGGCCCCGUUAUUCUCAACAAUAAUUAAUAUUUGCAACGACAAUGCCAAUAACCUUGUUCAUCAUUCUGUUGUUGAGGACAUUCAUGUUUCACUUCCGAUGCGUGUAGAUAGAACCUCAUAUGUUAGAACUUGUAGGCCACUGCGAAGGCAUCAUUUGUCUUUGACAUCAGAUUGA